GCCACUGUUUCUCUCAGUAGAGACAGCCUAGCCAUGAACCAGCCAAGUUUUCCAUCCUCCAAAUCUGAGUUUAAACUUUUGGAAAACAUCUACUCACCCCGACCAUGAAGAGACAAAACGUGAGGACCCUUGCCCUCAUCAUCUGCACGUUCACGUACUUGUUAGUUGGCGCGGCUGUUUUCGAUGCUUUGGAAUCUCAAAAAGAGAAGGCUCAGAAGAUUAAACUGGAUGAAAGAAAACUCGAUCUUAUGGACAAGUACAAUCUGACUAAAGAAAACUUCACUGAACUUGAGGGGGUUGUAUUGCAGCUCAAGCCCCACAAAGGCGGGGUACAGUGGAAAUUUGCUGGGUCUUUCUACUUCGCUAUCACAGUGAUCACGACAAUAGGAUAUGGCCAUGCAGCCCCCAGCACAGAUGGGGGGAAGGUGUUCUGCAUGCUCUACGCCCUCCUGGGCAUUCCCCUCACCCUGGUCAUGUUCCAAAGUCUAGGUGAACGCAUCAACACCCUGGUGAGGUACCUGCUGCAUCGCCUCAAGAAGUGCCUUGGCAUGCGCCGCACGGAGGUGUCCAUGGUCAAUAUGGUGAUCAUUGGUUUCAUCUCCUGCAUGAGUACGCUGUGCGUGGGCGCCCUGGCCUUCUCCCACUUCGAGGGCUGGAGCUUCUUCCAUGCCUACUACUACUGCUUCAUCACGCUGACCACCAUUGGCUUCGGGGACUACGUAGCAUUGCAGAGGGGCGACGCGCUGCAGAACAAGCCGGAGUACGUGGCCUUCAGCUUCAUCUACAUCCUGACAGGCCUCACCGUCAUUGGAGCCUUUCUCAACCUGGUGGUGCUGCGCUUUAUGACCAUGAAUGCAGAGGACGAGAAGCGCGAUGCCGAGCAAAGGGCCCUACUCUCCCGCAACGGCCAGGCGAGCGGCAGACACCCCUACUGCCCGCCUGACCCACCCUCCUCCACGGCCUCAGGCUGUGCGGGAGGGGGCGGGAGCGGGGUUGGGGGGGCAGGGCGGGGCCUGCGCAGUGUUUAUGCUGAGGUGCUCCAUUUCCAGUCCAUGUGCUCGUGCCUGUGGUACAAGAGCCGGGAGAAGCUGCAGUACUCCAUCCCCAUGAUCAUCCCACGUGACCUUUCCACCUCAGACACCUACAUGGAGCAGGGCGAGGCCUUCUCCGACCCCCUCCACUCCAAUGGCUGCAUCUGCAGCCUGCAGCAUCACUCCGCCAUAAGCUCUGUGUCCACGGGCCUGCACAGCCUCAACACCUACAGGGGACUCACCAAGCGCCGCAGCUCCAUCUAGGGGCAGGGAGGCCUCUUUCCUUCCACCAGAACCUUGCUUUUGUUGAGAAAGUGAGAGGAUUCUCACUGUGGCAUUGCUUUAAAGGAAAGAUCGAAGGUGCACAGACCCAAGGAGUCUGAAAGUGUUUUUCUGCUGUUCCUACUGCUUUUAGGUCCUUCAGGACCUCCAUAGAUAAUGGUAUGAAUCAAAGGCACAACUGGUGCCCUUGUUUUCAAAGCAGAACAAAAUCUGUGGUACUUUAUAGACAUAUAUUUAGCUUUGCAUAAACUUUUGCUGUAUCUUAGAUUGAUGUUUAAUUUGAAGAGAUGUAAGUAUGACUCUACACUGUGAAAGACUGCAAAAGAACAUUUGACAGACCUAGGGAUUGUGAAUAACAUGAAUUGUUUGUAAUGAAAUAACCACAAACUCAGAUUUUGGGAGGCUGAUCUCUAAAAAACAAGAAAAAAGGCAUAUAGUAGGCCACUCCAAGAUAGUAAACAGGUACUUCUACUGUAAAUCUUGAAAGAUAAAUAUACAGCAGAUUUGUGCUAUGUUUAUUGUCUUAAAGAAAAGGCUUGGUUUAAGGAAAGAGAUCAGUUUUUCAGAUUAAGUUUUCUCAAAUUUCUAAUCACUCCUGUGUCUGUAAUUUCAGGUUCAAGCCAAACACACCUACUCUAACAAACACAUCUACUAAAUCACUUUUCUAAAACCUCACUAUUUUGUUCAAAAUAUUCUUAUUUUAAUUUAAUUUCGUGUCUAUAAUUAUUGCUUUUGUUUAUGUACUGUAUGUUUUUUUUUUUUUUUUUUUACAAAGUUAUGUUACUAUGUAGGGUUUUACUCUGAACAGGGGAGCUCACAUUGUGUGAUAGACUCUAAUUCACUGCUGCACUUUAGAACAUUGUUGUAUGCUUAGGGCACUGGAUAUCUGUGCAUAUUAUCAAAUUUCAUACCUUUAUUUAUGUAUAUGUAUAUAUACUAGAAUCACCUUACAUUUUCUUUCCCUGAAUAUUAUAUUUAAGAUUGACAUUGUGCUCAGAAAUGUUUUCAAACAUAGAUAUUUAAUUUCAAUUUAGAUCACGAUCAGUUGUUGAGCAUAUUUGGAUGUGGGUUUCUUGCAUGCUAGAUAUGAGAGGUGUUCUUUAGAGUUGUAGGGUGUGAAGCUUGUUUGGCGCAGCACUGUCAGAUAUCCUUCUGGAACCAUCCUGAGCUCACAAGUUCACAGUCUGUUCAGAACGACUAGUGCUAGGUGCAAAGAAACAGGAGUGCAGUGGUCUCUCUGGUUGGUCAGGCAGGCAGGCUCACCAUGGCAUGUUUGAGAUUAGUUCUGUUUCCCUUCAACACUUUUUUGUUGAAAUAACAAUAUGUUUAUUUAAGUUAGACAAAUGAUUUAAAAUGCAUUUUUGCAUGAAAACAGUAAAGAGCGUUUUUAUAUUCAUUCCUUAUUGGCUGAAUUGUUGCAGAUGACCCAAGCCUUAUCUGUUUAGCUGUAGUAUCAGACCUAUCACAGGACGGGACAUCUAAACCCUGCAUGCUUUUGACCUACACAGAAACGUGAUACACAUUUUGAUCGAGGUUCCCACUCAGAUGUUAAAAGGGAUCUCAAAACGUUCACCAAGUUGAAAUAAUUUUGUAUUGCAUAACCUCAUAUUGAUUUGAAGACUGUCAUGCAUUAUUUAUUGGAAUUGUUUAUCAUUCUGACAUUGAUUCAUUCUCUUAAUAAAC